UUGUGAUUUGGCUGAUUAAAGAUCUGCUCUUCCACAACACACAUCGAUCAUGAUUCACCUCUGUAGUGAAGUCGCUCCUACAGAAAUUCACCAAUAAAUGCUGUGAUUAUUUCCAUUAUCCUACAAGUGAAGAAAGGUGGUAUACAAAGAGGAACAACUCCAAGUGUAACCACUGAAGUCUACUGACAUACUACUGCAAAAAUGAACUUUGUUAAAGAGGAGAGUGAAAACAUGAGUGAUCCAGAACCACACAGAAUGAAAAAUGAAGAUACUGAGGAACAAAGAGACUUGAUAAAAGUAAAAGAAGAAAGUCAAGAACAGAAUGACGUGGAGGAGAAACACCAUCAGGAUCAUACAUUUGAUAAUUUAAUCACUGGUGAAGAAUCUGUUAGUGCAUCAAAGAUUGAAAUUAAGUUCUCACAGAAAAGAUCUCGAAGAACAAGUGCCAAAAAUCCACUCACCUGCUCUCAGUGUGUAAAGAGUUUCACACAAAAAAAAUGCCUUAACGCUCACUUAAAACUUCACACUGGAAAGAAGCCUUUCUCAUGCCUUCAGUGUGGAAAGAGUUUUGCAGUUAAAAGAGACCUUGAGCGUCACAUGAGAAUUCACACUGGAGAGAAACCUUUCACAUGCCAUCAGUGUGGAAAGAGUUUCAUACAUAUAGGAAACCUUAAUUGCCACAUAAGAAUUCACACUGGAGAGAAACCGUUCACCUGCCUUCAGUGUGGAAGAAGUUUCACAAAGAGUGGAAAUCUUGAUGUUCACAUGAAAAUUCACACUGGAGAGAAGCCUUUCACCUGCCUUCAGUGUGGAAAGAGUUUUUCAAUAAAAGGAGAUCUUAAGACUCACAUGAGAAUUCACACUGGAGAGAAGCCUUUCACGUGCCUUCAGUGUGGAAAGAGUUUCAAACAAGUAGGCCAUCUCACAAGUCAUCUACAAUGUCACUCUGCAUUAAGGCCAUUUAACUGUGAUCAGUGUGGAAAGACAUUUAAGCAGACAUCACAUCUAAAGUUACACCUGACAACUCAUACUAAUGAGAAGCCUUACGUGUGUUCUCUUUGCGGAAAAAGUUUCUCUUACUCAGGAACCCUGAAAGCACAUGAGAGAUUGCAUACUGGAGAGAAGCCAUACCACUGCACUUCAUGUGGGGAGAGUUUUACUCAUUUAAGUAAUCUUGAGCGUCACAUGAGAAUUCACACUGGAGAGAAGCCUUUCACCUGCUCUCACUGUGCUAAGAGUUUUGCACAAAAAGGAGAUCUUAAGACUCAUGUAAGAAUACACACUGGAGAGAAGCCGUUCACCUGCUCUCAGUGUGGAAAGAGUUUCACACAAACAAGCCAUCUCACAAUUCAUCUACACUAUCAUUCUGGAUUAAAGCCAUUUAACUGUGAUCAGUGUGAGUUUAAUUACAUUAUCAAGCCUGAAAACACAUGA